AUGGCGCACACGGUCCGCGCACAGAACUCUCCUCAAGACUUCCUCGAUGCCCAUAACACGGCCCGAGUUUGCGUCGCGGUCGGCCCCAUGUCGUGGGACGACGGCGUCGCGGCCUACGCCAACAAGAGAAGGGCCGACUACCAGCUGUUCCAUUCCGGCGGAACCAGUUCAAGGGAUGCGGUGUCGCUCUGGGUGGCGGAGAAGCAGUACUCCGACUAUGACUCCAACACCUGCGACGGGGGAAAGGUGUGCGGGCACUACACCCAGGUGGUGUGGGCUAACUCGGUCUACCUCGGGCUGUGCCCUCGUGGUGUGCGACGACGGCGGCGUCUUCAUCACCUGCAACUACAGUCCGCCAGGCAACUACGUGGGACGGCGCCCCUACUGAUCUCUAAAGCUCUCUUAAGGUUAUCCAUAUGGAAAAAUCGACGAAUAAAACCUUCCUUCUAA